CACCAAAUCAACACUUUGUGCUUUGCUUGCGUGCCAGGCGAUGGUCGAGAGCGCCGCCGCUGCCGGGCAAUCAUCCUCGGCGAGGAAGUCUGGGGUGCCGGUGUUCGUGAUGAUGCCGCUGGACACGGUCAAGACAUGCUGCGGGAGCGGUCUGAACCACCGGAAGACCAUGGCGCGGGAUCUGGCGGCUCUCAAGAGCUCGGGCGUGGAGGGAAUCAUGGUGGGCGUGUGGUGGGGCGUCGUGGAGGGCGAGGAGCCGGGGCUGUACAACUUCGAAGGGUACAUGAAGCUCGUCGAGAUGGCGCGCGAUGCCAGGCUCAAGGUCCAGGCCGUCAUGUCCUUCCACCAGUGCGGCGGCAACGUCGGUGACACCGUCAACAUCCCGCUGCCGCGGUGGGUGGUGGAGGAGAUGGACAAAGACCAGGACCUCGCCUACACUGACCAAUGCGGACGCCGCAGCUACGAGUACGUGUCGCUCGGCUGCGACGACAUGCCCGUCCUCGACGGACGCACGCCCAUCCGGUGCUACACCGACUUCAUGCGCGCCUUUCGCGACCAUUUCGCCGCCUUCCUCGGGGACGCACCGAUCGCGCGCAUGCUGGGCCGCCACGGCGCCGUGCUCAACUUCACCUGCGUGGAGAUGCGCGACCAGGAGCAGCCACGGGACGCGCGGUGCCGUCCCGAGGGCCUGGUGCGGCGCGUGGCCGCGGCCGCCCGCGAGGCCGGCGUCCGCCUGGCCGGUGAGAACGCGCUGCCCCGGUACGACGAUGCGGCGCACGACCAGGUGGUGGCCACGGCUCAGGAGGAGCGGAUGGUGGCGUUCACGUACCUCCGCAUGGGCCCCGACCUGUUCCAGCCCGACAACUGGCGCCGCUUCGCCUCAUUCGUGACACGGGUGAGCCAAGCCGGCUAAUCCUCCUCGGUCGCUGCGUUCCGGUAGGCUCACGCUCGGCGUCCACUGCAACGAUGUUGCACGUCCUUUUUUUUAUGAGGGGGGUGUCCGGGUGUUGCACGUAUAAUAUAACCCCGGGGAUCUGUGGGAACGUACAAUGAAGAGCCCCUUUUCACGGACUGAA